AUGCUAAUCUGUUCGGCUUAUGGAUGCUCUGAAAGUGAUGAAAGUUCGAAACGUUUACAUUUCUACAAAUUUCCAAAUCUUGAAAAAUCACCAAACAGACACAAAAAAUGGAUAGAUUUUUGUAAACGAAAAAACUUUAAGCCAUCCAAAAAUUCUAGGUUGUGUUCCAAACAUUUUAAACUUGAAGACUUUAAUCAAUCUGGUGUUCUUAGAGAAAAAUUGAUGCCUGAUACUAAAGUCAGAAUAAAUUUGAAUUCUGGAGUAAUACCUACUCUACGAUCCGAAACAAUUGAUUUAUUACCUAGUAAACGUGAUUUAAGAGUAAAACGUAGGUAUUACACAGAAACUGCAAGUUUGAUUCCAUCAAGUACACCAGAAAAAUCGAUGCUAGUAGAAAACUACGAUGGGAUUAAUUUUAGUGACACAAGCUUAGAUACAGAUAUUUUAGAGAAACUAAGUAAUCCAAAUGAUAAGAGUGUACAGUGUGAAAUUGGAAAAGCUAUUUAUACAAAUUUAGAAGUAAAUGAUGAUUUAUCAUUCGAUUUUUCAUCAGAAUCCAGCGAUGAAUCUUGUUCUUUUCUUCCGACCACCUAG